GCUUUUCUUGUUGUUUUCUUGUCAGUCACAGUUGUAUUUAAGUCGUCAUAGGGAUCGCGUUGAAAAGGAUUCAAGAGAGAAUGCGAGCGUUACGUUGCUUUCAGAUUUGUUGCAUAACAUUACUGUUUUCUCAGAUAUGUAUUUCUGCCAAUGAUUUGCAAGGGCACCCUGUUAUUUUAGUGCCAGGUGAUGGAGGUAGUCAGAUCGAAGGGAGACUCGAUAAACCUACUGCUGUCCAUUAUGUGUGCUCCAAGAAAACUGAUUAUUGGUUCAGUUUAUGGCUGAACAUGGAACUUCUAGUGCCAAUUGUGAUUGAUUGCUGGGUUGACAAUAUGAAAUUGACUUAUGAUAAUAUUACAAGAACAACCAGUAAUAAUCUUGGGGUUGACAUCAGAAUUCCUGAUUUUGGGAAUUCAACAUCAGUUGAAUGGAUUGAUCCUAGUAAAGCUUCAGCUGGAAAUUACUUUGCCACAAUUGCUGAAAGUAUACUUAAAUUUGGCUAUGAAAGAAAUGUUUCCUUGAGAGGAGCUCCAUAUGAUUUUCGAAAAGCACCAAAUGAACUUCAAGAUUAUUUUGUGAACACCAAAGCACUUGUGGAAGAUACUUACAGCAGAACAAAUGGUCAAAAAAUAAUAUUUAUUACCCACAGCAUGGGAUCUCCCAUGAUUCUCUACUUCUUAAAUCAUCAGACCCAAGAAUGGAAAAAUAAAUACAUUAAAUCAUGGAUUUCUUUAGCUGGUUGUUGGGCUGGAACUAUCAAAGCCUUGAAAGUUUAUGCCCAAGGUGAUAACCUGGGCGUGCGUGUACUCAGUGAAACUGCGCUGCGGGAGCAGCAAAGAACGAGUCCUAGUUUAUCUUGGUUGAUGCCAUCCAGCAUGCAAUGGUCACCGGAAGAAGUAAUGGUCCAGACAUCAAGCAGAAAUUACACGAUUCAAGAUUAUCAGGAGUUCUUCCUAGAUAUUGAUUUCCCGUUGGGAUAUGACAUGUGGCAGGACACGCAUCCUUUGGUACACGAACUGACAGCACCAGGCGUGGAGAUCCAUUGCAUAUUUGGAACGGGUGUAGAUACAGCCGAACGCCUAGUCUACACUAAGUCAACGCCGCUUGGUAAAGCAACUAUCAUUAUGGGUGAUGGCGAUGGCACCGUCAAUGUUCGUAGUCUCGCUGCCUGCAGUAAAUGGGUCAAUGAGCAGUCACAACCCGUCUACGUUCAGGCAUUCCCGAAAAGAGACCACAUGGCCGUACUCUAUGAUCCAGUCAUUUUAGAUUACAUUCAACGAGUUGUUGCUGCCAGCCAGGAAGGGGAGGCGGUGCGUUAAGCGUAAGACUCUUUAAUUUUCCUUUAAAAACCCAAGACUCCGGUUUUCUCCUCGUAUAACGUGUGCCGCCAUUUUCGAUUUGGUAAAUGCGACAUCUCAUUUAUAUAACACGUAUCGUGUCAGCCUCUUAGUAUAAAUAAACAUUGUACAUUCA